AUGAUGGCGGAGAUGGCUCACGGAUCUGACAACCCUCAAGGAGGCCAGGAAAAGGGCAGACGAGGCAUCCUGUGGUCCACAAAGACAGCCUGGGCUCCGCUGGAUGAGCAGCUGCCUCCCGGUUCUGAGGAGGAAAGUCAGGGUCAUAUGGAUCCCAUACUGGAAGAUUCCAAAAAAGAAAGCAUUCAGCAGUGGCUGGACUCUGGAUUAUUCAUCUCUGUAAAUGAAAACUUUAAGCAAAUCAUUCACCAAGCUGGUUCUUUGCCUGAACUAGGAAUGGUUCAAAUGACUGUGAAAGAAUACAUGAGAUCUUUGCAUCACUUUUCAGAAACUCCCACCUUAUCCAGAGGGACCAGUUUCAACUCUUACCAUUCUGCAGCAAGUAUACCACAAAGCAUUCCUGAAUGGCUGGAAUUUUGUGAAAAAGAUCCAGUGGAGAUUCUCUUGGAUCUAGGUUUUGGUGCUGAUGAGCCAGACAUCUGCACACAAAUCCCAGCCAGAUUCCUGGGUUGUGCCUCUGCAGCCAGAGGAAUCAACAUUUGUGUCUUCCUUGAAGCUCAAAAGCAGCGAAUGGACAUAGAAAACCCUAACUUGUAUGGUCGUUUCCAACAGUUAAAAAUCCUGGACCAUGUGGCCAAUGCCUUCUCAUCUUUGCUGGAUGAUGUUAAUGUCCUGCAGAACAAAUCCAAAGAAAAAAAUGGGGGAGAGAGUGUACAAAAAUCCUCAGCCAGUGGGUCCAAAGAACAUCGAAAAAGAAUGGGCAAACUUUUCAGGAGAGCUUCCAAACAGAGCAGAAAGGGGAAUUGUAGCUCAGAAGGGUUGGAGCCAUUGAAGAUGAGAGACAGAUCUUUCAUCACCUCUGAAAAAUCAGUGGAGUUAUCAGCAUCAAAAAGUAACUAUGGCCAAAGUCAUUUGUCUCAAUUAGCUGAGCUGUCCUCUCUCCAAGCCUGUGAUGACUUGACACCUUGUCAUCCCCCCUGGGCACCUCUGACCAAGCAGUGGUCUCACUCGUCCAGGGCAGCCAAGCAGACUCCUCCUUGCUAUGUACUUAAUGGCUCAGCCAAAGAGAGAAUACGAAAGGAGAAUUCAAUUCAGACUGACAAGCUCAAGAACUUGUUUCGUUGUGCGGGCAAUGCCCCAGACUCCUUUGAAAUGGAAGAGGUCCAGAGCUUUGAAGAAGAGACUGGUAAUCCUCUUGACGUGACUCCAGGAACUGAAGGUGCCGUGGUGAACAGAGCAAACAGCUGCCAGUCUGACAGCAGCGGGUUCCUGGAGGAACUGCCGGAACCACUACCUCUGCAGAUGCCUUCCUGGCCAAGCAGCCAGGGUCUUGCUGAGGAUGGAUGCCCAACACGAGGGCAUCAGAGCCCCAGCUUAAGGUCCUCCCAGGACUGCCAGCAAGAGUCAGACGAGUCUGAUUCCAAGAGCACAUCUUUUUCAAGCCAAGACUGGAGUGCCUUGGAAGAAAAGGUCUCAACAUCUGCGGUGGAGAAAGGGUCUCAGUUUGAGGCCAUGGAGGGCUCAGUAGAACUGUUGACCCCUAAUAAGGUUGGGUCCAAGCCUACCAUGGCGGGAGAAUGUCCAAGGACAGGCAACCGUCUGCCGCAGAACCAACCAAGAUCCUGGAAUGAAAAUGAAGUCAUUGCAGGCACAGUUACUGCCAAGUGUGCUUGCCCUCUGGAGUUUAUGGCGGGCCACAUUGCAGAAGCGAAGGAAGGAUUUGUGAGGCCUGCAGGCGCUGGGAACGUGCAUGAAGUACAUGAAAAACACCACCACUGUGGAUCUCCACAGUCAUCUAGAAUUGAUCACACACAGAACAAGUGUCCUCAUGCUGACGCUGAGGUGCCAAGAGGAGUGGCAAGCGGUCAACUCUGUCCUGAUGUGGACAACACUUUAAUCACCUUAGAAAGGCCACCACAGCCAGUCCCCAAGCCCAGUGAAGUCACGCCCUAUACAGCUGACCUUAUUCAAACAUCUGAAAAGUCCAUCCCCUGCUUAGAUAAGCUGCAUGAAGUUAUUUCUCCAGAGGAACCAAGGGGUAGUGCUCUGGCUCCAGGACCACCAAGGUCAGAAUCUGGGACAGGAAACCUUCCUCCAAGUGCUGACGCAAGUACUGGCAGCUCCAAAUCUGUGACAAUCCAGAUGUCCUGCAAGCUGGCCUCAGCUGCUCAGAGUGCUGUGGCCUCGGGGACUGAUUGGAGAGGAAGAACUUCAGAAUGCACUAAGUGUGACCCUAUCACCACCACAGGACCAGAACUCAGGAGAGAAGCAAAACAGUUCAAUGAUGCUUCUGUUCAGACUCAUCAUUGUGAGCCCAGGCCCUGGCAUUGCUGUUUGGAUCCAAGUAACAAGGCCUCGGCACACACAGCCCAGCCCCUCACCAAAUCUGUCUCACUAGACACAGGUUUCCAGGGGGGAAUUUGCCACACCAUCCCUGCUCACUGCUGCAGCUGCUGUCAUCACCGUCCCCACUGCCACUCAGAGAGGCAAAACCCCAGCCCCGUGCCCUCAGCCUGCAAGCAUUGCCUCUGCUCACAUCAUCAUCACUCAGAAGCCCAUUUCAUGAAGAUGUUGGAAAUCCUUCAGGAAACCAUAGUGAGAGAGCUGUGCUCGUGCACAGUCCAUGAGAUGGAAGCCAUGAAGACCGUAUGCCAGAGUUUCCGGGAUCAUUUAGAGGAAAUUGAAGCACACCUUACAGGACAGCAGGCACUCUUUUCCAGGGACAUGUUGGAGGAGGAAAGGGAGGAGGCCCAGCAACUGCAAAGUCUACGUGAGGACGUGAGGCAGCAGGUGGAGGAGCUAGCCUUUCAACUAGGAGCCCGGGCUCAGCAAAUCAGAGAAUGCAUUCUAUUAGUUUGGGAUCAGUUUGAGUUUCUCACAGAGAAAACACCUGAACACUAUCCAAAUCCACAUCAACUCAACUGGACUGGAGACAAGAAUGGUCCGUCUGUGUUUCCUCCAGAUGAUGGCCAGCAGGCUCCCUGCUCGGAUGUGACCCCUACAGCUAACUUUCCUCCCUCAGCCUUGGGGAGCAGCCCCAGGAUGUCUCCUCCAGCUCAGGCUGAGUCAGAUGAAACCCCUUUGUCAAACUGUGCUGUUGGAGGAAAGGGGAUGAAUGUCUUCCUCUAA